AUGUUCGUUACUGCGAUUGCGCAGGGUGGCAGGUCCGCGUGGAAAGGCCCGUACUUCGUGGCCUUUUCGAACCUCAAGCACGCUCUCGAGAACAACAUCCCCAUCAGAACUCAGGCGAGAGCGUGCACCAUUCUGCCCAACUUCGUCGGGAUCCGGUUCCUCGUGCAUAACGGUAAGGAGUACCUCCCGGUGAACGUCACGCAGGACAUGGUCGGGCACAAGUUGGGCGAGUUUGCGAUCACCCGGAAAAGGUUCAGCUACAAGCACACGAAGAACAAGUAG